AUGAAUGAUAGUUUAAAAUUUAGAAAUAUAUUAGUAAAUAUGGAUUACAAUAAAAGAGAAUUUAAAAAUUUAUUAAAUUCAAAUUAUAAAAAAAUAAAAUUAGAUAAUAAUAAUAAUAAUAAUAAUAAUGAUACUAUAACCAUACCAAAUUAUAUUUAUAAUAAUAUUAUUGAAUCAAUAGUUAAUUAUUUAUUAUUAAAUAAAAAAAAUAAUAUUAAUAAUUGUAAUAAUAAUAUUAAUAAUUGUAAUAAUAAUAAUAAUAAUAAUAAUAAUAAUAAUAAUAAUAAUAAUAAUAAUAAUAAUAAAUAUUAUGAAAUUAAAAACUACUAUUAUUAUAUAAAUGAAAUUAUAAAAUUAUCAUUAGUAUCAAAGGAAUGGUAUAAAAUCAUAUCAAAUUUAAUAACCAAUAAUAUCAUUGACAAUAAUAGAAUAGAAUAUUGGUUCAAUGAACCAUUAUUACCAACUAUUUCACCACCACCACCACAACCAGAUACUAUUUCAUAUAAUUUUAGAAAGAAAUAUUCAGAAAGCAGUGAAAUUAAAUUAAAUUUUAAAAUGAAUAUAAAUAAGGAAUAUUCAAUUAUUAAAAUUAAUAAUACUAAUAAUAGUAAUAAUGAUAAUAAUAUUAUAAAAGAUUAUUUUAAACAACAAGUAUUAUGUUUAAAUAAAUUAACAUAUGAAGAAUUAGAAGAAAUUUCCAAAUUAAAGAUGAAUAAUAGUUUAAAAUUUAGAAAGAUAUUAGUAAAUAUGGAUUAUAAUAAAACAGAAUUUAAAAAUUUAUUAAAUUCAAAUUAUAAAAAAAUAAACAGUUCAUUUGAUUUAUCAAAUCUACCUUCAUCCAAUAAUAAUAUAAAUAAUAAUAAUAAUAAUAAUAAUAAUUGUAAAGUUGAUAUUACUCUUCAUAAUUUCUCAUUAUUAAAUGAUAAUAUUGAUAUUAGUAGUAGUAAUGAUAAUAAUGAUGAUAAAAUAGAAUCAAAAUUAUAUAUAAAUAAUAUUAGUUAUUUCGGAACAAAUAAUUGUGAUAAGAUAUUCAAUAUAUUAAAUCAUAUUAAAUCAAAGAAUAUUAAAUAUAUAAAUAAUGAUAAUGAUGACGAUAUUAUUCAUAUGGAUUUUUCAGGACUGUUUAAUCAAGAUAUUAAUGGACAAGUUGAAUCAAUUAAAAUUUAUUCAGAUUUCGUUGAACCCUAUCAUCUAUUAAAUGUUAAUCAAUUAAAUAAUUUACAUACACUUUCAAUACCAAUUCAAUUUCAUGAAAUCAUUGAAAUUAUGUUAGGAAAUGAUGAAUCACAAUGUAGAAAUGAUGAAUUUCUAUCACAAUUUAGAAAUGAUAUUAUCAAUCAUUGGGAACUAAUGAUUGAAUCAUUAAGUACUUGUAAAUUAUUAAAAAAUUUAACAAUUUCAAAAGCAUGUCCAUAUACACGUUGUAUUUAUAACCAUUUUAGUGAUGAUGAUGAAUUUAAUUAUUAUGAUAGUAGUUAUAGUGAAAAUAAUAGUUUUUACAAUCAUGAUGAUAAUGAUGACAAUGAUGAUGAUGAUGAUGAAGAUGAUGAAGAAGAUGAUGAUGAUGAGGAUCAUGAGGAUCAUGAUGAUACAAAAAAGAUUUUAAAUUAUUUAAAAAUGUUUUCAAAUGGUAUUAAAUCAUUAUUAUCUUCAUCCUCUUCAUCAUUGGAAUAUUUUAAAAUCAAGAAUGGUGGUAUGGUAAUUUGUAAUGAUUUAUUCUCUGAAUUAUCUAAUAAUAAAUCAAUUAAAACUUUAGUAUUGGAUGACAAUUUUAAAACAUUUGAUGAUGGCGGUGGUAGUGGUAGUGGUAAUGAUCAUAGUAAAUUCAAAGAUCAAGAAUUCUUUAAAAAGUUUUAUUUUAAUACUAUUCAAUAUUUAUUUGAAAAUAUAUUCAAUUCAACAAGUUCAAAUAUUAGACAUUUUAAAUUCUCUUCAACAUAUUCAAAUUCAUUACAACCAAUAUUUAAAUCAAUUUUAAAUAAUUUAAAUACAAUUCAAUUAUAUUCAAUAACAAUAAAAAUUACUCAAGAUAUUUUAGAAUCAACUUUAGAUGAAAUUAUUAAUCUUUCAAAUAAAUUCAAUCAAAAUCAAAAUCAAAAUCAACAACCACCACAAUUUAAAAAUUUAAAUGAAUUUAAAAUUUAUGUAAUUAAAAAAUCAAAAAUUGAUAAAACAAAACAAUAUCAAUCAUUAUUAAAUGAUAAAAUUAAUAAUGGUUGUCAUUUUUCAAUUUCCGUCAAACAUUAUUUUGAUAGAUAA